CAGAAGAUGUGAGUUUAUCAUCAGAAGACUACGCAUAGGGCACACAUGUCUUAACCACAGUAUGAAUAUCAUAGGCAAACAUGAAACAGGGGUCUGCCCAAAAUGUAAUGGAAGAGAAACAGUGGAGCAUGUUUUACUACAAUGUGAAGCAUACAAUUUGGAGAGAAGGGAGCUGUUGAAAAAUGUUAAAGCUUUGGGUCUAACAAGCUUGACCUUAGAGGGUUUACUCUCCUUUUCCACACUGAGACCACCGGCAUGGAAACAUGUAAUGACUUAUCUAAAAGCAACAGGUUUGACCGAUUAUAAUUUAAUCUGUUGUUUUCUAUUUAUAUGAAUUUGUUUAUUUACUUUUGUUCUUUUGCAUAGUUUAUAACGUAUAACCUCCAUCGAAGCUCUAAACCAAAAGUAGGUGGCGGUAAAGCACCAUAUUGGUUUGCCACCGCCAAAUAAACACGAAAGAAGAAGAAGAAAAAGAAGAGUUUGCAGGUGUUUUUCUGAAUUUGCAUGCGUUUUGGCAUUUGCAGCGCACGUGUUGUGUAGUUUCCAAGUGUUGUGACCCUUCUCGGCCACCGUAAUUUACGGAAUACCAGGAACGCACCUGUUCACUUGUUAAAAAGGCCCUAAACACAUAAUGCGAAUAUUCGCCGUUCUGACACUGAUGUGCACUUUUCUGGGAAGUGUUGUGAAGCGAAACUGCACCAAUGACUCGAGUACGAGCUGCACGCCGUGUGAGAGAGGCACGUACAUGGACAUGGCCAGUGGACUGAGCCGGUGUUACAGCUGUCGAACCUGUAAAGCAGAACAAGGUCUGGUAGCAGAACGGGAGUGCACCAGAGAACAGGACUCAGCCUGCACCGUAUUGGAUGGCUUCUACUGCCAGGAGCCCAACCAGGAAUCAGGCUGCACUCUGGCUCAGAAACACACCCAGUGUAAUGCUAGCCAGAUGACUAAAUUACCUGGAACCAGGGGCACUGACACGGUCUGUGAGGACUGCAAGACUGGGUAUUAUUCUACACCUGGUCUUAAUUGUACAGAAGGGAAAAGCAGCUGCGGGAAUGGAAAGGUGCUGCAAAAGGGAGGCCAAACCAAAGAAACGGUCUGCGACACAGCCCCAAGAAGACAUCACUAUGAUGUAAUAUUAUCAGUCAUGCUGUUGUUGCUGCAUGGUUAGUUUAAGGUUAAUGCUUGCUUGCUAAUGGCCAAAUCACACGUCUGCAUUCAGCCCGUAUGCAAAGAUCUGUUUCUUUACCAAGGGAACGUAGGCCUAGUAUUGUAUGAUGUGUUUCUUUUAUUUAAUAUUUUUGGUUCGAAAUAAAGACAAAAUAAUAAUUAAAGUUGCAAGCAGCAUUUUACUGGUGCCAAGCCUAAAGCCGACCAAUAAGACCCUGUCAGACCAUUAAGACCCUAACAGACCAUUAAGACCCUGACGCAAACCAAUAACACCCUGUCAGACCAUUAAGACCCUGACGCAGACAAUUAAGACCAUUUUUGACUCGUUGUUUGGAAGUUAAUUUUGGACGAUAUUGAGCCUCUGGCGGUCAUGUCAUUUUGUCAAUCAACUUGUUUUUACUGAAGCAGUUGGACCUUUAGUCUCCAACAGCCAAAUAUGUUGGUCCCUCUCAACUCAAAUAUUCCGUCUAUGAACUGUGGUGAUUUUAGUCACAGGCCACAUAAUUUCGAUGCCACGCCCUAAUUGGAAAUAUGUUGACUGUACCUUGUUCAGAAUUUGAUUCUCAAUAACUUUUCUAUUGGACUCAAGAUCAUAGGAGUCCCUUUUGAUGCUGAGAUAAGCAUUUAAGUCUUUUUUUGUUUUAAACCACACCCUUUUUAGAAGUCAAUGGCUCCUUGGUGCUUUAAUCUUUAUUGUACAGACUUCGCUUUAUGUCAGAUUGAAGACUUUGGUCCAUAGAUGAUACAUGCUAAAGGAUUUUGUUCCAAGUGAAGAAACCUAGGAAAAAAAAACAUUUAGUGUUUUUAACAUAGUUCAAGUUAGUCGUAAAUCCAUCCAAAUAAAGUCAUAGGUUCUUGAGGCAUUUGUUCAGCAUGAGGAUAUGCCUGUGUGACCAAAGUUUCAUGACUCCUAAGUCAAAGCGUUUUUCAUAUUUGGACUGUUGCUUUAGCGCCACCUUUGGGCCAAUCAGUGUAAUAUUUGCUCUCUGCUAAUCUGGAGUCGGCCUCUACAACUGUAGUAAGUUUCAUAAAAAGCGUGCGAGCGGUUUAGGCUGUGUAAGUCAAACGUGGCGGAAUAAUAAUAAUAAUUAAACUAACAAUUACAAUAGGUUGCCUUCGCACUUUGUGCUUGGCACCCUAAUAAUAAUAAAAACACUAACAAUUACAAUAGGUUGCCUUCGCACUUUGUAGUUGGCACCCUAAUAAAAAUACCAAAACGCCAGUGCUUCUAGGCCUAAGGCUACUGUAAUUAUUUGUAUGCGUUUACUCUCAAAUGUAACAUUUGUAAACAUGUUAUGUAAUUUAGAAAGUGGUUUUCCAAAUCCUAUAUCGGUGUUUUUCUAAUGCUUUUUAAGUGUCAUUCGGUUCUUCAUUAAGAAGACUUUGUAUCGACAAACUCUUAGCACUCAUGACGUAACUAUACUAUUGCUACAAUGUGUAAAAUAAUGUGUAAUAAAAUGUGUGUGUGUGCGCGUAUAUGCGUGUGUUGAUUCCUAUAAAUACCAAUAUGGCUUUUUUGUACAUGUUCUAUCAUAUGUUUGUGAAGUUUCCCUUAAUCAACCACUGUAUUCUUACACUUGCCUCAAUUAACCUCUUAUUCAACCAAAUGUCAUCCUUAACAAAUGCAACAUUUCCACUGACAACAUUAUUCUGGGCUGAAGCACAAGAUGCAUCCGCAAGGAACAUUUUACAUGGCGAUUUGCCUCCGUAACACCGUGGUUUGCAAAGUGGUAUUAUGCUGUCAACACAACUAAAACCAGCUUAGUCCUGAGCAAGUCGCCUGCCGGAGAAACAGGUGUGUUUACGCAACCAUGGUCAAUAUGAGCCUCAAAUCUCCACCAAAAGGCAAAUUGAACGAUUUACAUUUCGGGCAUUUAGCAGACGCUUUUAUCCAAAGCUACUCACAAUGAGUACAUUUGUCCGAAGACAGAGAAUAAAAUAAGUGCCUAAGAGGGGUUAGGGGGGAAGCUAUGCUGAGCCGAGGUGAACUCUGAACUCUGAACAAACCAGCCACCUGGAUGUUCAUGGAUGAAUUUAUAAUAGCAUUACCUUGGAUUCUCUCCGCUCAGCACUUUCUGGAAUGGAGCUCUGAUGC